AUGUUAGCCAUUUGUCGUCUAUUCUUGAUCGUCACUCUUCUCGCUUCGCACGGAUUGUCCCUACCAGUGGUCGAGGGGGAUGUACAAGAAAGCUCUUCCCCGUCGACUUUAAGCACUCAUAGUAUUGUGAGGAGAAAGGAAAAGAAAAGUGGCAGUGCAGACUACGCAUCGUUCCAGAUCUCUGAUGGAACAGCUGGAAAGGCAAAAGAAAACGCCAUCAAAGUCUUCCUGACGCCAUACAAGCUGACAUUGUCAGAUAGUCUCGUGAUCGGACCAGAUGAUAACUUGAAAAAAAUUAGCAAGUCAGAUUACCAAAAAAUAAAAAGCAUGGCCUCAGUGGCAAGUAAAAGCGAAGAAGGCUUCAAUAAGGCUAUCAAGGGCGGGAAAGAUGCAGCACUUCAGAGAGGAAAGAUCGCCAACAAAGUCCUGAAGAUAAUGGGUCAUCUGACGUAUAUCUAUAUUGACAAGGCAAAUGGCAAAGGUGCUGCUGAUUUAGAAAAAGAGACCAAAAAGCUGAAAAAGAACAUAGCUACCGAUAAAGCGGAUAAUGGGAAGUCAAUGAAGUCAUUCUUAAGCAAAAAAUGA